UCCUUUUCCCAUCCCCUGGGGGGGUGAAGCCUGGGAUAUGGCCCCUCCCGUUGGAUGGGCCGGGCCUCGCUCAGUUUCCUGCAGCAGCAGCCGAUACCCUCAGCCCUGUGCAAGCUGCAGAGACAAGAUCAGAUACCCUGACAGAUAAUCACCGGGACCAUAGUAAUAAUAGCAGGAGGAGGCUGCGGGGACCUGGGCACCUCUCCCCGGGCACAGCAGCAUCUCUCGGCUUUCUCCGGACCGGUGCAGGCUGCAGGCAGCACCCUGGCUCAGAAGGUGAUCCCCUCCUCUCCUCUGAGGAUGUCUCGGAAGGUGCAGAGGGGCGAGGUGUGUGCAGACUGCAGUGCCCCAGAUCCUGGCUGGGCGUCCAUAAACCGAGGGGUGCUGAUCUGUGAUGAAUGCUGUAGCGUACACCGCAGCCUGGGGAGACACAUCUCAAUUGUCAAACAUCUUCGGCACAGUGCGUGGCCAUCAUCUCUCUUACAGAUGGUGCACACAUUGGCAAGUAAUGGCGCAAAUUCUAUCUGGGAACAUUCUCUAUUGGACCCAGCGCAGGUCCAGAGUGGUCGACGUAAAGCCAACCCUCAAGACAAACUUCACCCUACGAAGUCUGAGUUUAUUCGUGCCAAGUAUCAAAUGCUCGCGUAUGUGCACAAGCUACCUUGCCGCGACGAUGACGGAGUGACUGCCAAAGAUCUCAGCAAGCAACUUCACUCCAGUGUCAGGACUGGAAAUCUGGAAACCUGCUUACGUCUGCUGUCUCUUGGCGCUCAGGCGAAUUUCUUCCACCCGGAGAAAGGGACCACCCCGCUUCACGUAGCUGCAAAAGCUGGCCAAGUGCUUCAAGCUGAGCUUCUGGUAGUGUAUGGAGCAGAUCCUGGAGCUCCUGAUGUAAAUGGUAGAACACCCAUUGAUUAUGGCAGGCAGGCAGGUCACCAUGAUCUCGCAGACAGAUUGGUGGAGUGUCAGUAUGAACUUACAGAUAGGCUGGCCUUCUAUCUAUGUGGGCGAAAGCCAGAUCAUAAAAACGGACAUUAUAUCAUUCCUCAGAUGGCAGACAGAACUCGUCCCAGGGGUGUGCCUCAGAGUUUGGACCUGUCUGAGCUCGCAAAAGCUGCCAAAAAGAAGCUUCAGGCUCUCAGUAACAGGCUCUUUGAGGAGCUGGCCAUGGAUGUCUACGAUGAAGUAGAUCGAAGAGAAAAUGACGCAGUCUGGCUGACAACACAGAAUCACAGCACACUGGUGACAGAGCGCAGCGCCGUGCCAUUCUUGCCUGUUAAUCCCGAGUACUCUGCCACCAGGAAUCAGGGACGCCAGAAACUGGCACGGUUUAAUGCUCGGGAAUUUGCCACGUUGAUCAUCGAUAUUCUCAGUGAAGCCAAGAGACGGCAGCAAGGCAAAACCCCAGUGAUCUCAACAGACAACGUUGACUAUUCUCUGAGGAACAACGCCAGUGACUGUGAUGACCAGCAUGACUAUGACAGUGUAGCAUCUGAUGAAGACACAGACCAGGACCUGCUCAGGAACUCCAGGAACAACAGAGCCAGGAGCAUGGACUCCUCAGACCUGUCAGAUGGCCCCAUUACUUUGCAGGAAUAUCUGGAGGUGAAGAAAGCCCUGGCAACAUCUGACGCCAAAGUGCAACAGCUGAUGAAAGUGAAUAACAACCUAAGCGAGGAGCUGCGCCGGCUUCAGAGAGAGGUGCGGACGCCUUCUCAUGGACUGAUUACACUACUGCCUAUUCAUAAACUGCAGUCCGAGAACUCACAGAUCCGACACCAGACAGGCCCUUCCCCACCUCCACCAGCAAACCCCGAGAGGACUGAGCACCAGUUACCUGCAGCCCACCGACGAGACCGGCAGGCGUUCUCCAUGUAUGAGCCUGGUUCAGCCCUUAAACCAUUUGGCCAGUCCACUGACGACCUUAGCAGUCGACUACAACCUUUCCACUCUGGGAUCCGGAAAGGCAUUUCUGCCUCUUCUGUGCCCUUCCCCCCUUUGUCUUCCCCUCUGUUCUCUGGACCCCCGGACAGUACCCGGAACAUGCCUGCUAAAGCAGACCGACAUGGCAGUGGCACGGACAGCGACUAUGACAAUACACAAAGUACAGACACAGGUAGUGGUCUGGAUGGCAGGAGGUUCCUAGAUUUGUCUCGGGAUGAGGAUUUCCAUGCAGAUGCUGAAGACGUAGAGGUGGAAUUGGACCCAACACUGCCUAGUACAGAGGAUGUGAUCCUCAGGACGGAGCAAGUGACCAAGAACAUCCAGGAGCUGCUGAGAGCUGCACAGGAGUUUACACAUGACAGUUUUGUUCCGUGUUCUGAGAAGAUUCAUUCAGCAGUAACUGAGAUGGCGUCACUUUUCCCCAAGAAGCCAGCGCUGGAGACUGUACGCUCUUCGUUGCGUCUGCUUAAUGCAAGUGCAUACCGACUGCAGAGCGAGUGCCGCAAAACUGUACCACCAGAACCAGGGGCCACGGUAGACUACCAGCUUCUAACACAGCAGGUCAUCCAGUGCGCCUACGACAUUGCCAAGGCUGCCAAACAGCUGGUCACCAUCACCACCCGCGAGAAAAAGCAGUGACACCUGUUAUUCCCGGAACCCUGUGUCCUUCGCUAGAGCCGCACAUGGGUGUUCUCUGGAAAUGUCCCUGCUGCCUAGACUUCAAUAGGACAUUUGGACUCCUCACAGCCUUGGAUGAGCCUGAGGCUUCUACACUCCUAGCCACUAAUAAGACACAUGAUACUGGCAGCAAGUCCUACAAAUGCCCUGCUGUACAUUCAUUGUAAGCUUCUACAUUUCCAGAACACUGCACACAUGUAUGAAUGUGUACAUAAAGAGCCUAGUUAUCUACGUGUGCCUAUAAAAAGCUUCUGGUUCUAGGAAUUGUCCUGUUAUAGAGGGUCAGUCACUCCUCAUGUUAUGUGUCAGUAACCAGUAAGGGCCGCUCGUAGUUUAAACUCAGCCAAAAGCCUCUUAGCUGCUUAAUGUUUACAUUCAGGAUCCAGUCAUUGGGUCAUCAAGCACAAUGAUGUUAUGGUCCACAGCCAGUAAAGGACCUGUAUGAAAUCCGUUUAGCCUAAAGUAGUUGGACAGUUUGAUAAAUGCAUUUAUCAUUGUUUAAUUGACGUGUGGCAUGAAUUGUACAUUUUUUCACUUUCUGCAAGAAAAACAACCCUCCGCCCAAGCUGAUUCUGCACUUUUUACAGAGCUGCUCAAAAUAUCCUCUAAUUUCAGCUUUUAGGAGAAGGGGAAAAUGGCAUAUCUGUGAUUUGGGAUCUAUCGCAUUGAACAUAUUCAAAUAUAGUAGGCUAUUGGAAUAAGGUUUAACACAUGGUAAGUAAGCUACUUAAUGAGACUGCGCUUUAAUCUUUCCUGCUGCUGCCUCUGCUUUAGAGGUUAAUGAGUGACUGACAUACAGGAGCAAAAUCAGGAUACCAGACUGCAUAACCCACCCAAACUGGAACCCCAUGCCCCCGUGUCCUUACAAUUGCAGCAUGGGUUAUAUUCACAAAAUGUAACCUGCUUCAAGCGAUAGGGAAAGCACAGGACAAAACUACUUUAACUUUGUUGGUGGAUCUACUUGUUGCCAGUAAGGAAAGACCUUUAUCAGCCAAUUUGCUGUAAUGCAUUGUGUUCUGUAUUAAAUGGUCUUUGCGAAUAAUUCAAUGAGGCCAACACUAGACUUACACUGGAAACUGUGUAUAUAUAUACAUAUAUAUAUAAUAUAUUAUAAACAUCUCUUUUUUUUUUGUAUUUGGGGUGGUAAGGCCAUAAAUGUAGAAGGCUGUUCGAGUAUUUGGUGUAAAACCACUUUAAGCUCAUUAUAAAGCAGGCUUAGUACAACCUGUGGCUUGUGGUACUACAGUUCCUAGCACGCUUUGGUUAAAACCUGGCUGAGCAUGCUGGGAGAUGUACUGCACAAGUGGCAAGCUGGAAAGCAAUAGGUUGCCUAAGACUGCUCCAAGAGGAGGUAAGACGGUGCCACAGCGUACAGCCUGCAGUUACCAGUGUAGUAAGGAGUUUCUCUUUGUGAUUGUAAAUAGGAUAAACUACUCUGCUGUCCUGUUUGUGGCGUGAAAGUCACAAGCAUCUGGUCUUCCCGAUCUACUGUUCUUUGCACUGAUCUUCUUCUUCUUUUUUUUUUUUUAUUUCCGCACCCCACUGCCACUCCCCAGCUUUGCAUCAUUUGAUUCAUUUAUUUCUGGUAACGUGUUCUGUUAUCAAAAUGACCAGUGUCAUAUGUAAACCACUCGACUGAAAGGGUUUCCCAUUAUGUGAGAGCAAGGAGGUAUACCGGUUAUUGAAUACGAACUAGAUUGCUGGGAGCAUGUACAGAUUUCAUAGAAGAUAGUGAUGACAUGUGGGCACAGGCAUGCAAACCCCGGCUCUGCAGCUGCUGGAGUCAUAUGGGGCUCAGCCCAGCUUAUAUGGAUGAAGUCAUACAGUCUGAUUUUGUGCAACACAAGCCUAUCAUCAAAACGUUUGGCAGCUCCUGCAGAGUAACACACCCGCACCUCUCCAAUACUAUGUACCAACAGCACCUCCCUGGCCGCCUACACAUUGAGGAGAGUCUGUUUUCCUUUUUUUUUCAUUACUGAGAAACAUGCUUGCCUCUAAGCUCCAUAUAGUGAUUUUUUUCCCCAUUGCUUAAAAUGGCAUACUCUGCUUAUACUGUCGUCUUUAAGAGCUGGUGCUGGGUGUUCUAUGUAAAAAGAUGCAUAAUGUACAUUUGUAUCAAAUAAAACAACUAACACUG